CCAACUUCUAGGUUAAGAAAAUAACUAUCGGAAAAGUAUCACAGAACUCAAAGCCCUAAACCCCUUCCCGCGCCUUUCUCUCUUCAAUCUCCUCAACGCCGUUUCUCUCGCACCGAAAUGGCUCCGCAGUGGGGAAUCAAGUUCGCCGUCUACCUCAUCACCAACCACUUCGGCAAAAUCGUCGCUAAAGUUUGCGAAAAUCUACUUAACCAUGGCGCUCUCACUUUGGACCUGGUUAUUCGCUACACGGAACUUUCCCCGGAGCAUGCUAAGAACGCAUUGCUUGUGUUAAUUCAACACAAUUGUGCUCAGGCUUUUGUUGCUGGAGGUGGUGAUGAAGAUGGGUCGAGAGUUAAGACACAAUACAUGGUGUUGUUUGAUAACAUACUCCAUCGACUGAGAUUUCCAAAAUUCAUGGAGAUAGUGUCGGGGGAGCUUGAUGACAAAUGUACGAAAAUUUUUGAGGGUUUGCUCCGCGAUGGUAGACUUACCAUGAAACAAAUGGUUGACAGAGAAAGUCAAGGAAAAGAAAAUUCAGCGGCUGCAGCUGCUGUACGAGAGAGCCUUCUUAAACUUCUGAUGGCUCGAUUUGUUGAGCGCUGCCCACUCCCUGAGGCUAGGGUAGUUGAAGAAGAAAUUGUUACUAAGAAGCGUGGUGCUAAAGGGUCCCAGACUUUCAAAGCACCAGCAACAAAAGAACAACGUGUUAUAGAAGCUGCAGUGCGUGGGGAUAUGAUUAGAUUUUCACUCAAUGCAGAUAUAGGAUGUAAUAGUGAUGGAGAAACAAAUCCAGCUGAUACAAGCGUUGCCGAAAAUGAUGCAAAAGAGGACUUAAUUCUUUGGCGUGCAAAUUUUGAGGAGUUCGUACGUCAUCUCAGGGACAAGGCACUGAUUGAGAAUAUAAGAACACGGGUGGAUGAUGGAGCUGCUAUUGUCUUAAGUGCAAUAUUGAAGGCAACAAGAAAUAAAGAUAAAGAAGUGAAAAUAGAAAAAUCAGGUGAUCUAGAUUCCGUUUCACAAAUUCUGGAAAUUUAUGAUGUUAAUAUUUAUGUCUUUUGGACGAUACAUAUUUAGAUAGUAAUUACUUUUUUAAUUUAUAUAAUUUAUGAUGUUUGAUGAUUGCAUGACCCAUGCCGUACUCUGUUUGCUCUCAAGCUUUUACCUAUUUUGCGUUUCAAAGAUUUAUGCCCAAAAAAAAGAUUUGAUGAGUGGACAAUCGUAUUUGAGUGUUAGUUAAUUACUUUAAGUUUAAGAAGUAUAUUUACUAUAAUGGCAAGAUGAUGCAAUUGUAGUGCACUAAUUUAAGUCAGUUUUGUUAUCUUGUUCUUUUCUAUUAGGCUUAGUUGCAGUUUUGAUCUUUCUACUUUUACUCGCUCACGAAAUUGGUCCCUAUUUUAAAAUCCAUCAGUUUUGGUCUCUUUCUCAGAUUUAUUGACUAAAAAAUGGUGAUGUGAUAUGGCAGCAUACAGUCUGAUGAUGUAGAAUUAUGAUAGGUUCAAUUUUAGUAUCUAAUGUUUUGUUGUUCCUUCACCAUCUGUCUGAUUUGUUCUAUGGUUCCUUCAAAAUUGGUCAUUCUCUGUUCUAUGGUGUCCACGCGAUUCUCCAUGAUGCUACGCGUUACAACCAUUCACAGUGCAGCUGGAAGAAAACCAAGGCUCUAGAUACCAAGUUGAUAGGUUCAAUUUUAGUAUCUAAGUGCAAAUGAACCAAUGAAACAGUAGAAAUGCAGUAGACUGAUUAUUGAAAACAGAAAAGCUAGAGUUCAAAUGGGAUCUAGCAUACAAUCAGUCAAUCUAGCUACUGACAGUAAGAAAUAGCAGAAAUAGAAAGAAAAAAAGGGCAGGUGCUUAUAGAGGCCUUAUCUCUCCUAGGGUAGAGUGUACUACUCAAUUUCUGCCUCCCUAAUGAUUGCUGAACCAAUCAUUAAAUAAUAAGUACUAAGAAUUAUUCUCCACUCAUUGGUUGCCAGCUGUUAUGACAGUUGUCAUCCCAUGUGCAGCACAAUCUAUCAUAGAUUCUUCUCUCUCUCCUUCUCUCUUUGUCGUUUUCUCACAUAUACUUUGCCAAAUCUAUCAACUUUCCCCCCUUCAAAACUAUCCUUGUCCUCAAGGAUAAAGUUAGGAAACUCAGCUUGCAUUUUUUCAACCAACUCCCAAGAAUUCUCAAAUUCAGGGAGGUUCUUCCACUUUACCAGAAUUUCCUUUUCUCCUUGCUCAUUUCUCCUUUCACUAAUCACCCUCUCAGGUUCAGGCUCCAUCUGCCAUUCUUCAUUCAUACAUUCAGGCAAGGGUUGUGGAGUCACAUAAGGAAGCACUGCCUUCUUAAGUAAAAGAUGCAUGGAACACAUGAUGCACCUUAGUAUCCUCAGGCAGUUUCAGUUUGUAUGCCACAGCCCCAAUCUUCUGGAUCACCUCAUA